UUCAGCCAGCUCAGCCGUGAGUGCUUUCGCCUGACCAACGUGUUGCGUUGUGGAUAUUCCCAUGGCGAAUUUCUCAGAGGGCGGCGAGCUUCGAGCCCUGCUGGAGAAGCAACAUCAAGAACUUCUGAGGAGGUUAGACGUCCAAGACGUUCUCCUCUCAGAGAUGCGACGUAGCUGGGCCCUUCCAAAGGAUGUACCCAAUGGCUUGGCCUCAGAAAUGAGCCUGGAGAAUUACAAGCCUCGAAGAGCCUCCGUGACCUCUGCCGCGGAAGCUGCGCAAGCCGAGGCGGCGAAGAAGGUGCCUCAGUCGCCUCAGACCGAAGACAUCCAAAAGUUUCGCCGGGAUCCCUCCAUGCGAAGCGCCAAGAAGGGCGAGGAGUCGAGCUGCCUUUCGAAGUUGGUGAAGCAUCGCCUCUUCGAGUCCUUCUUCGGAGUCGUGGUGUUGACCAACGCCAUCUUCAUCGGCAUUGACGUGGACCUCAGUGCGCGGGAGACCUCGCGGCCGAUGGCGCUGCGGGUCAUGCAGUAUAUCUAUGCGGUGCUCUUCACCUCUGAGCUGCUGUUGAGACUUUGUGCUGCAGGCGGACACUUUCUGCGCACGGAGGAUUGGGCCUGGAAUCUCCUGGAUGUGUUGGUGGUCCUUAGUUCCCUCUGGGAUGUGGCUGUGGACAUUAUUUCCAUUGUUGGGACGACUUCAGUGGAAAGCAUUGCCGGGGUCUCCAGCUUAAAAUCCUUUCGCAUUAUUCGCCUCACGCGGCUGCUGCGCACUGUCCAGUUCGUGCGUAUCUUUCGCUUCGUCAUCGCCUUGAGGACCUUAGUGACCUCCAUCCUUCACACGAUGAAAGCGCUGGUUUGGGCGCUCUUCCUUCUUCUCCUGAUCGUGUAUGUCUUCGCUGUGCUUUUCACUCAAGUCAUCAGCGAUUAUUUCGAGAACGGAGGCCAUAUGACUGGCCCUGAGCUGGACGCCGCCCAGCGAUACUUCGGAUCCCUCACGGAUUCCGUUUUGGCCCUUUGUUUGAGCAUUUCCAAUGGAGUCAGCUGGGAAUUGGUGCUGAUGCCAAUCAAGAAGCUUGGUACUGUUUGGGUGCUUUGUUUUCUUGGAUACAUGUCCUUCACCUAUUUUUGCGUCUUAAAUGUGGUCACAGCUGUGUUCUGCCAAAGUGCGAUUGAAAGCGCUCAAAAUGACCAGAUUACGAUGAUGCAAGCCAUGCUGAUGAACAAGGAGCAGCAUUUGCAGAAGAUCCAGCUGCUCUUUGAACAAUUGGGAAGUGAUGAUAGCGAAGUCAUCACUCUGAAGAUCUUCGAGGAGAACAUCAAUUCUCCCGAAGUGCGGGCCUAUUUCGAAGCCUUGGGGCUCGAUGUUUGGGACGCGUGGUCCUUCUUCAAAUUAUUGGAUUCCGACGGGGGCGGCUCCGUAGAUGUGGAGGAGUUCUUCAUGGGCUGCUUGAGGUUCCGCGGAUCUGCUAAAGCCAUGGACGUGGGGAAGGUGAUCCAAGACCAGGCGUCCUUGAUGAAGCAUCAGAGCCGCUUCCAGAAAAUCAUGGAGGUGGAGCUUCGCCGCCUUCAGCUGCAGCUCUCGGAGCUCCAGACCUCUCUGCACCGCGACGGCGGCUCGGUGCGCCCGCUGAGCUUCGAGGAUGAGGAUGCGGCGGUUUGGUCACCCUUACGGUGGACAGGCAGUGAGUAGCAGCUGGGCUUAAUCAGGCUGCGAGAUCUCUCUGAGCGCCUUCAUCCCGAUGAUUUCUGCGAUACCACGCGGUGUUUCCCACGUGUUUGUAAACAGAGAUUCCCAGCCAUACCAGGUAUCACAAGGGAUCGCUGAUUUUCCACACCGAGUGGAGAUCCAGGGUGGCCCCCAAGAUGA